GUUCAAUUACAUCCUUACUUAACAGAUAAAUUAAUUGAUGUAUGAACAAAUCAUACGUAUGCAGUUGCAUAAUCUUUUACAUUUACUCAUACGAUUAGUCAAUUAGAUUUUGCCUAUAAAUUCCCACGCAAUACCUCCAAUCCAUAUAAAAAACCCGAACCUAAAAUUUCUACUAUCUAACCGUUGCAUAAUAAACUGAUUUUUUUUUUUCCAAAUUCGUAGAAAUGGCGGCAAAACAGGAAACUGUUGAACCCAAAAUCCCAGAAAUAUUGUUGAAUUCAGGCCACAAAAUGCCAGUGAUAGGGUUUGGAUGUGCAGCCAAUAGUAUUCCUCCCUUAGAUGAAAUGAUUUCAAUUUUGCUCAAAGCUAUGGAGAUCGGUUACAGGCAUUUUGACACAGCAUCUCUUUACGGAUCGGAAGAGGCCCUGGGCAAAGCCGUAGCUAAGGCUUUGGAAAUUGGUUUGAUAAAGAAUAGAGAUGAAUUAUUCAUCACUUCUAAGCUCUGGAUUACACACACUCAUCCUGACCUUGUUCUUCCAGCUCUCAAGCAAACUCUCAAGACUAUGGGACUAGAGUAUUUGGACCUUUACCUUAUUCACUGGCCUUUGAGGAUUAAGGAAGGCGCUGAUCCUGUCAAACUUGAAGAGGGUGACGCUCUGCCAUUCGACAUGAUUGUUAAUCAGGUCGAAAUGAAUGUUAACUGGCAGCAGCGAAAAUUAGUACCAUUUUGCAAGGCGAAAGGAAUACAUGUAUGUGCAUGGUCUCCUCUUGGAGCUUCUGGUACUAUAUGGGGCUCCAAUGCCGUCUUAGAGAAUCAAGUUCUCAAAGAUAUUGCAGCUUCUAGAAACAAGACCAUUGCUCAGGUGGCACUAAGAUGGAUUUAUGAGAAAGGAGUAACCCUAAUCGUGAAGAGUUUUAAUGAGGAAAGGAUGAAGCAAAACCUCCAAAUAUUCUACUGGGAACUCAGCAAGGAAGAAAAAGAUCAAAUUUUGUGUAUCCCUCAGCAUCGAGGACCAGUUGGUAGAGGAGAUCUUUUCAUUGUGAAAAACGGGCCAAUUAAAUCGGUUGAAGAAUUGUGGGAUGGAGACAUAUGAAGUAUUUGCGACGAAAUAAGUACUUCGAAGAAGAAUGCAAUAAGAAGACGUAGAAGUAGUGUUUGUCCAGAAAAAAUAAAAAAAAUUAUUGUUGUUAGAAUAAUGUAAUGCAAAUCGAGAGAUUUGUCUCUAGAUAGAGAUUGCCUUGAAAGAAUUAUAUUUAUGUUUAUUUGCUAUGUUUUGCUCAUGGGGAA